AUGAGUGAUUUUCCAAGUCAGCAUCAUAAGCAAUUGUUGAAGGAGUCACGCGUGGACAGUGAUAGCAACCGACCGAUCAAGAGAAGAAAGAGGGCGCUGCCAGAGGUCGCUAGUAGGGCAUUUGACACCGGAAUGAGUAAUGCUUUUCAAGAAUCGGAUAAUUCAACCGAUUUUGAAGACGUAGAUUUGGAUGGAGCACAUCAAGAAGGUUGGGAAUCUGAUAAUUCUGAUGAUUUCGAGAAGGUCUCUUUCGAUAUCGACGAUAUUCCAAGCGGUUCGAAUUUGCAACCUAAUCUGGAGUCUGAUCAGGUAAUGACCUUUAAAUUGGAUACAACACAAAGAGAGACACAAAGUAAAAGAAAGGUACAAUUCAUAAGCAAAGAGGAACGAACACGACGUGUAUUGAUCCACAAAAUAUACAUCGUAUUAAUGCUAAUACAUGUUGCUAUUAGGAAUUCAUGGUGUAGCAAUAAAUCAAUAUCGAAGUCACUAAAACAGGCGUGUGUAACUCGACAGAUUACACAAUUGCUUAAUGAUGAUAGUGGUAAGGACAAUGUCAAAUCAAGAAGAUUGCUAGACGGAAUAAGAAAGUUGAUGGAGAUUUACGCAAGCAAGUUUAGAAUUACCUCCCAGGGGUUGUUGAGGAAAACUUGGAAUGAGUUGAGCAUAGUGCAAGAUUCCGAUGUGGUCACAAGGAAGAAAUUUGCGAUGAUGGUUACAAAUUUUCGAGGAAGUCGAGAUAUUGCUGCACAAGGUUUUGCUACGCUUUUACGAGGGUUGGGGUUGAAUGCGAGGUUAGUUGUAUCUUUGCAACCCCCUGACUUUACAAUUAUUACGGAAAAUAUAUCAUCUAAGAGGAUACAAAAGGCAAAGGAGAAAACAACAGAUCCAUCGGAGAUCAUCAGCACUAGACUCCACAAAAGCAAAACCAACUUUGAAGAUUCCGACUAUCCGGUAUUUUGGGUUGAAGUGUGGGAUAAAUUUGCAAAACAUUGGAUUAGCGUUGAUCCGAUUGUGAAGAAAAGAAUUGAAAUUUGCUCCAAACGGAGGCCAAGCCCAUUUGAGCCACCAUCAAGCGACGAGAGAAAUCAGUUGCUUUAUGUGGUGGCUUUCGACAAGUAUGGUAGAGUUAGAGAUGUGACGCGACGCUACUCAAUCAACUACAAUGCUCGUGUUAUCAGGAAAAGGAUUGAGUUUAAAUCAGACGAGGAGAAGGAAUGGUAUGAGUCAGUGUUGAAGUCAUGCCAGGAAACCCAAUCACGGAGUGUAACCGACAUUUUGGAAGCAAAGGAAUUUCACGAACGAGAUUUGGCUGAAGGGAUGCCCAACAACAUCCAAGCAUUCAAAAAUCACCCUUUAUAUGCACUAGAGUCACAACUUCGACAAAAUGAGGAAAUAUACCCAAAAGACGAUACCAGUGUUUGUGGAACUUUUAGGCCGAAGAAUGCGUUAGGAAAGUUACUACCAGUUUAUCGCAGAUCUUGUGUGCAGAAGCUCAAAUCUGCCAGGGCGUGGUACAUGAAAGGUAGAGUGUUGAAAAUUAGUGUAUCUUCAUUAAAAUCAAAGCAAAAGUCAGGAAACGACGAAGGAGAAGAAGAUACUCGUUUAUACGCGGAGUUCCAAACCAAACUCUACAUUCCACCUAAAAUCGAAAACGGAAAAGUUCCAAAGAAUCAGUAUGGCAAUAUUGAUGUCUACACCGAUACCAUGAUUCCUGAAAACGGGGUUUUGAUAAAAAUUGGUGGACCGAGAACCAUAAAGAUGUUACAAAAGGCUGCAACUUUACUAGGGAUAGACUAUGCUAAAGCAAUUACCUCAUUCGAUUUCACGCAAAAAGGAAAAGGCAUGCCCAUUGCAAAGGAAGGAGGAAUUGUAAUUCACAAAGAUAACAGGGAUGCUCUAGAGCUCACUUUGGAUCAUAUGAUUCAAGAAGAUGAGGAGGAAAGGAGAGUCAUGGAUGAAAUGAAUGCGUUACAGAAUUGGAAGUACUUUUUAUUGAAGUUGAGAUUGAAGCAGCGGUUGAAUAGGACACACGGGAUUGUGAAGGAUGAAAAUUUGACACAAGAACACUUCAUGGAUGAUAAUACUAAUCGAAGUGUUCUUGACUCGGGACACAACGUUGCAGACGGGUCUGACGACGAUUUUGGUGGCGGGUUUAUUGUGUCGGAUACGGAAGUUGGAGAACUAAUACAAGACGAAGGAAGUAAUUCAGCCCCUGGGUUUGGCGACACUGAAGUGACAACUGAGCAUCGAUCCAAAAAUAAUCCUGCGUACAAAGAGUUGAGUGAUAGCGACGUUGAAGACGAGGAUGCUGACGUGUUACCUACAAAGAGUCGAAGACGUGUUGAAUACUCCAGCUGCAGCUCGGGCUCUGAAUUCAAAGCCGAUGAUGACGAUGAAAGUUUAGAAUUUGAGUAUGAAAGUGACUAA